AUGAACCAAUUCAACAACUUGGACUUCUUUGACAUUUCUCUUGUAGAUGGAUUUAAUGUCCCCAUGGUCGUUAGUCCAGUAUCAGGCAACUGCCGUGGAAUCAAGUGUGCAGCUGAUAUCAAUGGGCAGUGCCCACUGAGCUCAGGGCCCCAGGAGGUUGCAACAAUCAAUGGGCAGUGCCCAAAUGAGCUCAGGGUCAGGGCCCCAGGAGGUUGCAACAAUCCAUGCACUGUUCCGGUUGUCAAUACUGUUGCAAUUCUGGCAAUUGUGGUCCAACAAGAUUUCUCUAGGUUUCUCAAGCAGAGGUGCCCUGAUGCUU